CCCACAAACGCCUCUAGACUCGGUUCGCUGCGACGUCGUUGUCGUCCCGUCGAUGGGCAGAGCAUUCUAAAAUUUGACUCAGUUCAUUUGAAAUUUUUUAUCGGGAAUGUUCACAUUUUUGUAGUUAUAGAUAGAAAUGUUUAAGUCAUUUGUCUUUAAAUAAGCAGAAAAGAAGAGAGGAACUUAAACGUGACAGACAAAUACAGGAAUUGAAGUCGCUUCUGUAGGGACGCGCACGGGAGGAACUACUAAAGGAAUUCGGUUUCCCCGCGACGACAUUUUCGACAGGAGUAGAGUUGAAAGAAUUUUGUGCCGAACGGAAGAAUUUUUCGGAUUACCAGUGAUACUAGAAAGCUGUGAAAACGUAACGGAAAUUUAUUAGCUAAUAAAUCAAUUUAUCAUAAGAAGCAGGGGUCAACUAUCGAUUUUUUGCAUCGUAGUUGUAUCGGAAUCGUCGCUGCAGCGCGAGAAAACCUUGGAGGAGGACUCUUUCUCUCUCUAUCUCUAAAUCGGACAGCAGGAAACCUAGGCUGAUUUUCUUCAGUUCGGUUUGUACAACUAGUUAAAUUAGCCCCGCGCGUCGUCACACAAAGCAUCAAAAAUGUCGACCGUCGACAAGGAGGAGCUGGUCCAGAAGGCCAAACUGGCAGAACAGUCGGAACGAUAUGACGAUAUGGCACAAGCGAUGAAAUCAGUGACAGAAACCGGAGUAGAACUAUCAAAUGAAGAACGAAACCUGCUAUCUGUCGCCUACAAGAACGUCGUCGGUGCACGAAGAUCGUCAUGGCGAGUAAUAUCGUCCAUUGAACAGAAAACCGAAGCCUCUGCCCGCAAACAACAGCUUGCCCGGGAAUACCGAGAGCGAGUGGAGAAGGAACUUAGGGAAAUCUGCUACGAAGUGCUGGGACUGCUCGACAAAUUCUUAAUCCCCAAAGCCAGUAAUCCAGAAAGUAAGGUGUUUUACCUCAAAAUGAAGGGUGAUUACUACAGAUAUCUAGCCGAGGUAGCCACAGGAGAAACCCGCAACGCCGUGGUAGAAGAUUCGCAGAAAUCCUAUCAGGAAGCGUUCGACAUUGCCAAGUCGAAAAUGCAACCAACCCACCCGAUUCGGUUAGGCCUGGCGCUCAACUUUUCCGUGUUCUAUUACGAAAUCAUAAACUCGCCGGCCCGAGCUUGCCACCUGGCCAAGCAGGUUAUUACCAAACUCUGACUCUCUCGCAUUAGC